AUGCGGGCGGGCGGGAGAUUAGCGACUCACGGGACUGUAGCUGGUAGAGAAAACCAAUGGGUUGAUGCCGGCGGAGACCAUGCGAGCGGCGGCUCCCAGCGGCCGAGUGUCCGCGCUCCUGCUGUCCGCUGUCGGCACCGCCGCGCUGUUCCUGCUUCACGCCCUGAGCGGCGAGCGGUGGCCGCAGGCGGAGCCGGGUGGAGUGGGGGGGGCUGGAGGCGGGGGGUCCGGGGCCAGUUGGAGACGGGGUCCGGGGUCGGGGCCGGAGGGUCCGGGGCUGGCCGGGGGGCCGGGGCCGGGGAGCCGGGGGUCCGGGGUCGGGGCCGGACGAGGGGGGGCCGGGGCCGGAGGGAGCCGGGGGUCCGGGGUCGGGGCCGGACGAGGGGGGGCCGGGGCGGAGGGGGCCGGGGGGGGGGCCGGGGGGGGGCCGGGGGUCCGGGGGACGGCGCCUGUCCGCUGCUCGGACUCUGCCUCGCCCUCCUCUUCUGUCUGUGUGUGAGCCGGGCCGGUCUCCGCUGCCGGUCGCCGCCUCCACGGGCCACUGAUCGCCGAGCCGCGGUGCUGAGCUACUAUGAGUCGAGGCUGAAGGUGUCGCCUCAUGUCCUGGGUCACAGCCGUUCACAUGUCAGUAAAGUUGUGUGUGAGCUACUGAGGGCCGGGCGAUCCAACCCCGGCCCCGACUCACUGUCUCUCCGCGGGGAUUCGCUGCCCGUUGGCAGCAGCCGCGAACAACACGGAAUCCGUCGGCCCGACUGCUUCGACCUGUUGAUCCCGGUGAAGUUGCCGCCGCCGCUGCGGGCCGAGGCUGCUCUGGAGCCGGGAACAGCCGUGUGUCGUCUCCGCUCCACUACCGGCGCCCCGGUGUCCCGCCGCUUCCACGCCGCCUUCUGUGUCAGGUUAGGGGGCGAGGCCGCGCUGUCGUGGUCGCUACUUCGCCGUUGGUUCCAGCAUGAGGUGACCCGCUGUCUGGCAGUCAUUCGCUUCCAAUGUGAACGUCGCUGCGACCUCACCCUGUCCUCAAACCGGGGGCAUCUGGUCCUCCGUCUACGGCCCCGCUCCGACUAUAUGUGUUGUCAUCUCUCCAUGUCCGUCCGUCUCAUCCCUGCCCUGUUUGUGGGAGACUCAGUAUACCUGGUGGUUCCCCAACACCUGCCCGGCACCCACAGCGAGACCAGCACCCAACACCUGCCCGGCACCCAACACCUGCCCGGCACCCACAGCGGGACCAGCACCCACAGCGGGACCAGCACCCACAGCGGGACCAGCACCCAACACCUGCCCGGCACCCACAGCGGGACCAGCACCCAACACGGGCCCGGCACCCACAGCAGGACCAGCACCCAACACAACAUCCCGGCACCCACAGCGGGACCAGCACCCCACACGACCAGCACCCAACACCUGCCCAGCACCCACAGCGGGACCAGCACCCAACACCUGCCCAGCACCCACAGCGGGACCAGCACCCACAGCGGCACCAGCACCCACAGCGGCAACAGCACCCACAGCGGGACCAGCACCCAACACCUGCCCAGCACCCACAGCGGGACCAGCACCCAACACGGGCCCGGCACCCGGGACAGACCCGGCACCCUGUCUGGGAAGCCCACCCACCCUUGGACCACGAGGCAAAACAGGACCAGCACCCAGUCCCGACUCAGCACCCAGUCCCGAAUCAGCACCCAGUGUGGAACCAGCUCUCAACACCGGCCGGGCACCCAGGACAAUCGAGACACCCAGUCCCGGCCCAGCUCACAGUGUUGUCCCCACUCCCAGAUUCAAACCAGCACCCAGUCUGUGACCAGCACCCAGUCUGUGACCAGCACCCAGUCUGUGGCCAGCACCCAGUCUGUGGCCAGCACCCAGUGCACACCCAGCACACCCAGCACCCAGGACAGGCCAGACACGCCGCCCAUUCUCCGGACACUGCAACCAGAGGCCUUCUGGUGUAUCUACCUGCCCAAACAUGAGCAGAAGUUUCUGAACUGGCUGAAGAUGCAAUCUCCAGCCACCUCCUGCCAUCUCAAGUGCCUGCAGAUUUUGAAAGCUCUUCGGGAUUUGGGCUGCAAGGAUUGCAGCCGGGAAUUCUCUGAUCAAUGGAACAUAAUCCUGAGCUCUUAUAACAUGAAAACAGCACUUUUCCAUUUGCUGCUGAAAGGCCCCCUGGAAGCUUGGGAUGAGAAAUUUCUGAUGGAACGACUGGAGGAUUUGGUUACUUUCUGGAGGGAACGGUUGCAGAAACAGGAACUGAUGCACUUUUUCCUGGGGAAUAAAAAUGUGCCAGAUUUUCUGACAGUGCCAAAGAAAAUCAAGGAGGCGGCUCCAGUAAACCUCCUGGCUGGGUUUGACACUGUACUCUUGGACAUGGUCUCCUUCCAACUCUUGAAUACAUGGGACUCAGCACAUGUAAUAAUGAAGUUAAAUCCUCAUAAACACUGCCUCAGGAAACACUAGUCUGCCAAAGUCCUGUGUGUGGAUAUCAGAUACAUAUCUGUCAAGACUGUAGACUGGACAUUUCAACCUCAGUGACACAAUCUUCAGAAAUUCUUGCUUCUGCUUCGACAAUGCCACAGAGUAUUAUUGAGUUGCUCUCGUUCCAAGCAGCAGUCUAAGAUGCAAAUUAAUAUUGAAUGCUUCUAUUCUGUACAUUUUUAAUUUCUAGCUAAUUUAUUAUUUUGUUAAUAAAUACUUAUUUAAAAGAA